GGUGCGGAUACUGCGGAGAAAACAAAGUGAACCUCGCGUUCACAAAUCUUCUUCCCUUCGAGUUUUCCCCCUCUUCCUCUUCUAUAAACAAGCGCCAAUUCCUUUGCAUUUUUCUCAUCUCCCUUUUCUUCCCCUGCUAUGGCGGCUGCUAUGCACACGGCGACACUGCCUGUCUUCUCCUCCUUCUCUGCUUACAAGACCAAUGUUUCUGAUAGGAUUCGGCUUGGAUUGGCUCCGCUGCCCGCAUCUCUUGCAGGGCGGAAAGGAAGCAUUUUGGUAAUCAGAUCUGAAGCUGGGUUUGCUUGUGGUUCUAAUGCAAGGGCUCGAUCUUCCAAAUUGAUCACCAAUGCAGUCGCGACUAAGCCUGAUGCGUCUGCAAGUUCAACAGGAUCAAAACCUGGUCAUGAGCUGCUGUUAUUUGAAGCUUUACGAGAGGGAUUGGAUGAAGAGAUGGCCCGAGAUCCCCGGGUAUGCGUUAUGGGUGAAGAUGUGGGUCACUAUGGUGGUUCCUACAAGGUGACCAAGGGCCUUGCAACCAAAUAUGGAGACCUGAGGGUUCUUGACACUCCCAUCGCGGAGAACUCCUUCACUGGCAUGGGCAUUGGAGCAGCAAUGACUGGCUUGAGGCCAGUGAUUGAAGGCAUGAACAUGGGCUUCCUCCUACUUGCUUUCAACCAAAUAUCAAACAAUUGCGGUAUGCUGCACUACACCUCUGGUGGUCAAUUCACCAUUCCUGUUGUGAUUCGAGGGCCAGGGGGUGUUGGUCGUCAACUUGGAGCUGAACACUCACAGCGGCUGGAAUCAUACUUCCAGUCAAUUCCUGGCCUGCAGAUGGUUGCCUGCUCAACGGCUUACAAUGCCAAGGGACUUAUGAAAGCUGCUAUUCGAAGUGAGAACCCCGUUGUGCUCUUCGAGCAUGUUUUGCUAUAUAAUCUGAAGGAGAGGAUCCCUGAUGAGGAGUAUAUUUGCUGUUUGGAGGAGGCAGAGAUGGUGCGACCUGGCGAACAUGUGACAAUCCUCACAUAUUCACGAAUGAGGUACCAUGUGAUGCAGGCUGCUAAAACCCUGGUCAACAAAGGAUAUGACCCGGAGGUUAUUGACAUCCGUUCCCUCAAGCCAUUUGAUCUUUACACCAUUGGCAAAUCCAUAAAGAAGACACAUCGUGUGCUGAUUGUUGAGGAGUGCAUGCGCACAGGUGGUAUUGGGGCGAGUUUACAAGCAGCAAUCAUUAAGGAGUUCUGGGACUAUCUUGAUGCGCCCAUUGUAUGUUUGUCAUCACAGGAUGUGCCCACGCCGUAUGCUGGAACUCUGGAGGAAUGGACUGUGGUACAACCAGCUCAAAUCGUGAAGGCAGUGGAAGAUCUCUGCAAGUGAAGUUUCAGUGCAUGGUUUAAAAUGAAAUCAUUGUUCACUGUUGGUUUUAGAAUCUUGUUUUGUUUUCGUUGUUGUUGUUGUUGUUGUUGUUGUUGUUGUGGUUCUCCUGAUUAGUUUGCUCUCUGCUGAUGUUUAUUGUCAAGAAUUGAUAAUUAUUCACUUUUGUUGAACAUUCACUUGAAUAAUGUUUUGUAUUCUGCAAUGAUUUUGGCAGUUCACAGGCUCUUCUUUUU